AUGUUCGGCUCCACCAACCCAUUCGGGCAGUCGUCCACCAGCCCAUUUGGCCAGACCUCAUUUGGAACUCCGCAGGGAUUCGGCCAGUCUUCCACUGCUGCCAACAAUCCCUUUGCCCCAAAACCGUUUGGCAGCCCGAUCACAACUUUUGGGGCACACACUGGAAGCUCGCUCUUUGCAACUACUUCUACUGGUGCCUUUGGCCAGCAGCAAUCCACUCCCGCAUUUGGCACAACAUCCACUGGUGCCUUUGGCCAGCAGCAAUCCACUCCCACAUUUGGCACUCCAUCCUCCUCUCCGUUCGGGAGCUCUACGCCAGCCUUCGGUGCAACCCCCACUCCUGCCUUUGGUGCCACAUCCUCUGGUUCUUUGUUUGGACAUAAGCCAAGUUUUGGGGGGUUUGGAUCAUCUCCUAGCCAGUCAAGUCCUUUUGGUAGCAUGUUCCAGCAAACACAACCAACAUUUGGCAUCAGCACUUUUGGUGCAUCAACUACGCUGGCAUUUGGUACAACUACACCAGCCUUUGGCACCACAACUACACCGGCCUUCAGUGCCACGAUUACCCCAGCAUUUGGUUCAACAUCAACAUCUUUAUUCGGUGCUUCUAGCACCCCAGCGUUUGGUUCUACAGCCUUUGGUACAUCUGCUACUGGUUUUGGAACUUCAGGGACCACAACAUUUGGUGUGAGUAGUACUACUCCAGGUUUUGGAUCUUCAAGCACACCUUCAUUUGGCACAUCAGCUAGCGCCUUCAGUUUUGGCUCUUCACCAUCUUUUGGACAAACAACACUUUCCUCUGGUAGCACUCCCUUUGGAGCAACUCCGUCACCUUUUGGUGCAGCAGCUCCUGCAUUUGGCUCACAGACAGCAGUGCCAGCUUUUGGGCAACCACAAUUUGCUAAUCAAGCUGGAGGAACCAGAAUAAAACCUUAUGCUCAAACACCAGAUGUUGACAGUGCUACUAGUGGUACUCAGCCUGCUGCAAAACUUGAUUCCAUAUCAGCGAUGCCUGAAUACAAAGACAAGAGUCAUGACGAAUUGAGGUGGGAAGACUAUCAGCGUGAUCAAGCUGGAGGAACCAGAAUAAAACCUUAUGCUCAAACACCAGAUGUUGACAGUGCUACUAGUGGUACUCAGCCUGCUGCAAAACUUGAUUCCAUAUCAGUGAUGCCUGAAUACAAAUACAAAGACAAGAGUCAUGAAGAAUUGAGGUGGGAAGACUAUCAGCAUGGAGACAAAGGUGGACCAAACCCUUCUGGAACUCCAGCAGGGGCACCUAGCUUUCCAUCAUCACAACAGAAUGCUUUUGCUCCGACAAGCAAUCCAUUUAACCUGCCUGCCACAAACUCAUUUUCAACAAUCAAUCCAUUUGUUCCUAAGCCUGCUCCAACUAUUUCUUCACCAUUCACCUCAUUUAGCAAUGCAUCAGUUGCAAGUUCGAGCCCAUUCACAUCAUCCACUAGUACCACAAUGUUUGGGCAAACAGGUGUUUCUACAUUUCCAGCAAGUACUUCGCCAUCAGUAUUUGUAAAUACAAAUCCUGCUUCUGGUACAUCAUCGUUAUUUGGCACAUCAAUGAUGAAUAAUCCAAGUCCAUUUGGCACCGGCUUUGUUGUUGUUGUUGUUGUUGUAUUUGCUCAACCGAUAUCAAAUACACCAGCUUUCUCCUCUGGGAACCUAUUCGGUUCAACUAAUCCUGGCAGUCUGUUUGGAAGCAGCGGGCCUUCACUUUUUUCAACACCAUCUGCUGCUGCUCAAACUUCAAACAUGUUCUCCAUCCAACCUCCUCCGAUUCAACCAGCAGCUUCUACAGGUGGAUUCCCUGGUUUUUCCAACACUACGAAUCAGGCCUUGAUUGGACAGCCAACUCCUAGCCAGUCCAGUAUGGUCAUGCAGCCUGCUCCUGUUUCAAAUCCAUUUGGGACGCUUCCAGCAAUGCCUCAGAUGUCUAUUGGGAAUGGUGGAUCUUCACCAUCUGUUCAAUAUGGGAUUUCAAGUUUGCUGGUUGGUGAGAAGCCUCUUCAAAAUAGAGCAUUGUGCAUGGUGGUUCCUAGGCAUUUGUCACAGAGAAGGAUAAAACUGCUGCAGAGAAAAUAUAAUCCAAUAUCUGAUGGCAAGGUUCCAUUCUUUGCUGAUGAUGAAGAAUCUCCAGCAACGCUGAAGGCGGAUGCUUUUUUCAUCCCUAGAGAGAACACAAGGAAUCUGGUAAUUCGUCCAAUUGAGCAGUGGCCUUUGCAGAGAGAAACUGACCGGCAAUUGACUUCGAAGAAUGCUACUGAUUUGAACAAAUAUGAAGACGCUUCCACUGAAAGUGAGCGUGGUAAGUCUGCCAUGUCACCAAGCAGCAGGCCUCCUGCAGUGGAAAAUGACAAUCAGCAUGUGGCCAGGGCCAUGGCUCAGCAUGAGAAUGGGAAUGUUACUUCAGUCGAGAGGCUAUUGCCUACGCUUCCACAUGCAGAUUACUUCACAGAGCCUAGUAUAGAGGAGAUUGCGGCCAAAGAACGUGCGCAGGCAGGCUACUGUGGUCAGGUGAGGGACUUUGUUGUGGGGCGACAUGGCUAUGGCAGCAUCAAGUUUUUGGGGGAGACCGACGUGAGAUGUCUAGAUCUGGAGUCAAUCGUGGAGUUCAACAACUGGGAGGUGAUUGUGUACAAGGACGACAGCAAGAAGCCCCCAGUGGGUGAGGGGCUGAACAAAGCUGCAGAGGUGACUCUUCUGAACAUCAAGUGCGUGAACAAGAAGACCGGGGAGCAGUACCACGAGGGAGCAAGGGUGGAGAGGUACAGGGAGAUGCUGGUGAAGAAGGCGGAGGAGCAGGGUGCAGAGUUUGUGUCCUUCGACGUUGCCAAGGGAGAGUGGAAGCUCAGGGUGAAGCACUUCAGCGCCUAUGGGCUUGGGUGA